AAGCUGAGCUUGCUGCGACGCAGCGUUCAGAUACGCGUGGAGGUAUUCGCCCCCGGCUACUGUCGCCCCGACAGGUAUCUUCCAGGUGACGGGCGACGCUGACAGGUGACGGGCGACGCUGACAGGUGACGGGCGACUUCUGAGCGAAUCCCUGGCGGGAGAUACGAGGGUUCCAUAAGCUCGACUCAUCUCCUCCCCUCAACGGUGGUGCGCAGUUUUAAAUCAUCGCCACCAUCCCCAUUAGCAGCAGCAGCAAGCAGCCAGUCUUGGUCUAUCCACUGCUGGAUGAUAAGGCUGUCCAAGAAGGGCCGGCGUAAACCUUCUAUACACAGCGCCCGCGAUGUGUGAAUCCGCGUAGCUUCCCGCACGCGAGCAGCUUCCGCCGCUCCGUCUCCCCGCCGGACGGGGCGCUCGUCCCAGCGUCAACAGCCGAGCGGGCGGGUGCUUGACGGGUCCCUAGCGGGUCCCUGGCGGUCCCCGAGGGUCCCUGGCGGUCCCUGACGGGUCCCUGACGGUCCCUGGCGAGCGGCACGCGACUCCGACUUGAGGGUGAAGAAGCCGCUUGGAGACCAAAACAACGUCGCCUAACGGACCCCAGUGAGAGGGGGUUCUCGAACCGGGCCCCGGACCACCCCCCGCACCACAACGCAGUCGCUCAUCCGCUGCAUUUGUUUCCUGCGUCACAGGCAACAGUUGAAGGCGACUCGUGAGGUUCAUUCAUUUAUUUUUGUGAAGUGGCGGCUAUGUCUCUGGCUCAUUCAGUCGAAGUCUGCCGGGGGAUCUCCGGGUCCGCCAGAGACCCCCCGAAUCGGGGUGCAGGUCCCCUUUCCCGCAACCCUCUCCGACCCCUCAACUCCGCGGUUUGCCGGAAUCUGUUCGGGGGUCCGGGCGAGGAGGGGGGGCAACGCGACUCGCAGCUGCGGAGAGAGCUGUGUGAGCUGGCCAAGAGGGACUGCGAGCGAUGGGGGUUCGACUUCGAGAGAGGGACCCCCCUAUCCCCUUGCUUGGAUGCGGCAGGGGAAGAGCAGGAGGGGUCCCGCUACGCGUGGGAGAAGUUGGACGCACAGCAGGUGCCGACAUUGUACUGGCCGACCAUCGUCAGCGGCGGUGGCGGCGGCAUUGUCCACCCGUGGGCGGGAGAUGCUGGUGGAGACGAUGGUGAGAGGCUGGAGGGUGACUGCAGCAGCUCGAGUUGUUCGCGACGCCGUGUCGCGACAGGCGAGCGCGACAGCAGCAGAGACGGCAGGAAGAGACGGAGCCAUCGGCGGAGAUGUCGCGAGCGGCAGCCGCACCUUGAUCUGACAGAUUAUUUCGUGAAGAGGCGCUACGCGUGUGCGGAGAGCGGACCGUGCGCCGAGAGCCCCACAAGCCAACAGCACUCGGUCAGCACACCUGAGCAGGUUGACCUGCACUCCUAACUCCGCACCUUAAAGAGACCACGCGACUCCACAACAGCAAGAUCCCAGGAUAAUUAUGGUCGGGCUGUCCCCAAACCUUGCCUGAUGAAACGACCGUGACAGCCGACAAUACAGCUCACACAACAUAAACAUGAAGCGACUUUGUGCGCAAAUCCCGAUUGUUUACUUACACUCAUACUUCAACAGCAUGCACUUGGUCUCAGCCUUCACUAGGCCCUCAACAGUCUACAACUAGGCCUCCAACAAUACGACAGGUCUACAAAAGUCUACGGCAAGCCCCCAAAAGCCUAUACUUGGCCCCCAGCAGCCUACAAUAGGUCUCCAAAAGCCUACAAUAGGCAACAAUCUGCACUUAGACCCGUGCAAGAACUUGUGCACAUUGGGGCUGGGGAUCGACCCUUUGUUUUGCUAGUGAAUGUGUAACGCAAGAUGUUACACACAAAAAAACAGCUCUUGUCUCGCGGCUGCACCCAGGUUGUUUCAAGUUUCGAAAGUUCUUCAUUGAGGAAGAAAUGUCUUAAAAUAGAUGUUUAGAAGUCACGAUAGUGACAGCAAAGUGGCAGUCACUGCAGUGAGAUCACUGAGAUCACUGCAGUGCCAGGUUGUCAUUCCUAAAGGUCACUUUGAAAAAGCAUUUUCUCAUUUAGGAAGCUUCAGACUUGUCGGACUUCCCAGAACAGGCAGCCAGUGUGUAUUGUGUUUUCCUUUCGAACAAAAUGUAAAGAUUUGCAGUCGGUUACCUGGUCACGUUCGCGAUGUUGAUUGAGUGUUUAUUUGACAAAAAAAAGUUAAUUUAAAGUGAUGGCAUGGAUACACGUGCACUGUUCAAAAACGUUUAUUCUACUGACAGGGAUGAAAAUGGUAAUUUAAAUUGUGGUUAAUAUUACGUUAUUUGAUCGCUUGCUUCGCCACAAUAAGCGAGGGAUUAUCGACGUUACCUUUGUAACCAUCCGUUGAUUCGGCGCAUCCGUUAUUCUCGCGGUAUACACGCUCUGAAUCGCGUGCGUGUUCUGUGCAAGAAUCCCUAACAGUUAUUAAGCGAAUGUAUGAAAAAAUACUAAUAGGCGUUUACCCUUUCUGGCAAUAAAAACAGGUGUUAAGAUGUUGUAGCACCAAAUAUAAACCUUUUGCAAGGAAUCAAGUGAUACCGUCAAAACGGUCCCAUUUUAUUACGCAAAUGAUAUACGGUACGUGUUGUGUUCAUGAAGCGCCAAGGCUAACGGAACGAGAAAACAAAACUACCAAACCAACGGAUGAGAAACGACACAAACGGAACAAAAAUGUCGAUUUGUUAAUGGAACCGCGACCGUAAAUCAUCUAAACAGCGAGAACAGUUGCCGCGCGGCUAAAGUCUUUGAAACUUUCGCCGGAAGACUCGUACCCAAUUGUGAGACGCGUUCAACGCGGAUCUCUCGCCAACGUCGCAGCGGUGCUGCUGCUGCUGAAGCGGCGAGCAAUUGGCCACGUUUAUCCAUCGCGCGACAAUUGUAUUUAUUAACCGUGUCGGGUGGAGGAGGGUUUACGACACGCAUUUGACUGAAGCGAUAUGAUGAGUCGUAUAAAUUAUGAAGCUCCGAAUGCGAGACGAUGCUUGGCCAUGUGUCUUGCUCACUGCCGUGAACUUCGGUGGCGCAGCAACGAUCGAGUGUGCAGGCCGGGACGACUGCCCAGGGCAGGACCAGGGCCCAUUGCGCCAGGGCCUAUUGCCAUCCACACUGCUACUACGCCACUGGUUAUUCCAUAAGUUGCCCUGAUUUAAAAUAUGUAAAAUAUAUAUUUACAUCUAUCCGGGAGUUACUUUAGUGAUAAAGCAUUUAACUUAAAACAAAAAGAGUACUUGAGGUGUAACACUAUUUCCUGUACUGUAAAUUUAUAUAGGUUUAUGUUUGUGAUCACUGUCGAUUUGUUUUUAAACGUAUGGUUUACAAUAAAUGUGCGCCGAUUGAAUCCGGAAAUGUCCGAGCAGCAGUGACUCAUUUGGCU